AUCACAUACCAAAGCUUCAUCGAAGCAGAACGAGACAGAGAGAGAAUUGAUCGGAGAUUCAAAAAUGGCGAACUAUCACUUCGUGUACAAGGACGUAGAAGGAGCUUCGACUCAAUGGGACGAUAUUCAGAGAAAAUUGGGAAACCUCCCUCCGAAGCCCCCUGCAUUCAAGCCCCCAUCCUUCACGCCCGCCGAGGACGAAGACUCUAAACACAAAGACGAAGCUUGGAUCGAUGAUAGGACCGAAGAACAACUCGAAGAUCUCGAGGACGAUCUCGAUCUCGACGACGAUCGCUUCCUUCAAGAGUACAGGAAGAAGAGGUUGGGAGAAUUGAGACAAGCAGCUAAGGUUCGGAGGUAUGGAUCAGUGGUUCCAAUUUCUGGAUCUGAUUUUGUACGCGAGGUUUCCCAGGCUCCACCAGAUGUUUGGGUCGUCGUCAUUUUGUACAAGGACGGAUACCCAGAAUGUGGGCUUCUUCUUCAAUGCUUGGAACAGCUAGCAACAAAAUACCCGGCAACGAAAUUUAUUAAAAUAAUAUCUACUGACUGCAUUCCUAACUAUCCAGAUUGUAAUCUUCCAACUCUUUUGGUGUACAAUAAUGGUGCUGUCAAGGCAAAUUAUGUGGGCUUGCAUAAUUUUGGGCGCAGAUGUACCCCUGAAGGUGUUGCCUUGGUUCUCUGCCAGUCUGAUUCUGUUCUCAAUGAUGGGCAAAGUGGAAGCGAACCAUCAGCUGUCCUCAAAGGAGUUCGGCAGAGGCUCAUAGAGAAGGUUGUUAGAGAUCAUGAAGAUGAUGAUGAUGGAUCUUCUAGUGAUUAGGGUCCUAAGUCUUUAUUUCUAUCUCAUCCUUGUUCUUUUCAUUUUGUUUUCUCUUUUAGUGGAAAAAGUAUAGAUUUUGUGUUUUCUAGUAGUAGAGAUGCUGUCUGUAGACUGUAUUGCUGCUUCUGCAUCUUUAUUUGUUUUUUAACAUAUUAAAUUAAGAUAUGGUUUGAUGUGGUUAUGAACCCCGAACUUAAUGGGUAAAAGGGUUGGAGUUUUAAUGUAUCCUUUUUGUUACUCAAACUGCUUGCCAAGUUUUCAUUUCA